UCUGCGGAUCGACUGGAUUGCGGAUCGCGAUGACCGUCCCCUCCCUGGAGGAGCUGGACUCCUUCAAGUACAGUGACCUGCAGAACUUAGCCAAGAGCCUGGGCCUCCGGGCUAAUCUAAGGGCAGACAAGUUGUUAAAAGCCUUAAAAGCCCACCUUAAACAUGAAGCAAAAAAAGAAAAUGAGAAUCAGGAUGAAAGUCAAACUUCUGCAUCCUCUUGUGAUGAGACUGAGAUUAACAAUCAGGAACAAGGUGAGAGAGAGCCAGCUGGCCAUGUCACCAAAACAAGGAGAAGGCGCAAGACAGUCCAUGGGAACCCUGACUCCCAGCAGGAUCAUUCACAGAUAAAAAUAAGUGAUCCUACUGAAUUCCAGAAUCGUGAAAAGCAGGAAAACCAAGAUCUGAGCUCUACCCCUUCUCCAUCAGAUGAGAGCCAAGGAGCUGAGAAUGCAGUUUCCUCAGGAAAAAGUAAUGAAGAUUCAAAGGUAUUUUCAGAAAGAAAGAAGUCUCCCUACAGAGAUGAAUUUUACAAACGUGGAAAAAACAAAAGAACUGCAAUCACUACUCCAAACUUUAAGAAGCUUCAUGAGGCUCAUUUUAAGGAAAUGGAGUCCAUUGAUCAAUAUAUUGAGAGAAAAAAGAAACAUUUUGAAGAACACAAUUUGGUUAAUGAACUGAAGAAGCAGACUGUCAAUAAGGGCAGGGUAGUGACUCCAGUUCCUCCAAGAGGAAGAAUUUCUGUGGCUUGUACUCCUGUCAGCCAACAGCACUCACAAGGCUGGUUUCACAGCCCUGCAAGUCAGAGCACUUUGAGUCUGAAGGGGUCAGUCAAGUGCUCUGCUAUCUCCGCAACUAAAACGAAUGUCAGGUUUUCAGCUGCUACUAAAGAUAAUGAGCAUAAGCGUUCACUGACCAAGACUCCAGCCAGAAAGUCUGCACGUGUGACCACAUCUGGGAUUGCCUCAAAAGGCCAGGCUGUGCUUGGGACACACAAGACCACCAAGGGGAAUUCUGCUGUUAUUGAUAUUACCCCAUUCAAGGUGACAACGGAGGCAAUGCAGACUCCAGUCUCCAAUAAGAAGCCAGUGUUUGAUCUUAAAGCAAGUUUGUCUCGUCCCCUCAACUAUGAACCACACAAAGGAAAGCUGAAACCAUGGGGGCAAUCUAAAGAAAACAAUUCUCUGAAUGAACAUGUAAACAGAGUUAACUUCCACAAGAAAACUUACAAACAACCUCGUCUCCAGACCAGGGAAGAGCAACGGAAGAAACACGAGCAAGAACGAAAGGAGAAGAAAGCAAAGGUUUUGGGAGCACGAAGGGGCCUCAGUAUGGCUGAAGAUUAG